CUGGGAGGGCGCGCGCCCGGGCGGCUGCGGCAGUUGCGCUCUGGGUUUGCUGCCGUGCGGUGGGGCCGUUACAGUUUCAAACUAGAGAUUGGAGCAUGUUGUUGCUUGAAGAGGAAAGACAAAUUGUCCAGGCAACAGAAUUGAGCAUACAAAUAAAAUAAAAUGACAACUUCCUGGAGUGAUCGGUUACAAAAUGCAGCAGAUAUGCCUGCUAACAUGGAUAAACAUGCCCUGAAAAAGUAUCGACGAGAAGCUUAUCAUCGGGUGUUUGUGAACCGAAGUUUAGCCAUGGAAAAAAUAAAGUGUUUUGGUUUUGAUAUGGAUUAUACACUUGCUGUGUACAAGUCCCCGGAGUAUGAGUCCCUUGGCUUUGAGCUUACCGUGGAGAGAUUAGUUUCUAUUGGCUAUCCUCAGGAGCUGCUCAGCUUUGCAUAUGAUUCUACAUUCCCUACCAGGGGGCUUGUCUUUGAUACACUGUACGGAAAUCUUUUGAAAGUUGAUGCCUAUGGAAACCUCUUGGUCUGUGCACAUGGAUUUAACUUCAUAAGGGGACCAGAAACUAGAGAGCAGUAUCCAAAUAAAUUUAUUCAACGAGAUGACACUGAAAGAUUUUACAUUCUGAACACACUAUUCAACCUACCAGAGACCUACCUGUUGGCCUGCCUAGUAGAUUUUUUUACUAAUUGUCCCAGAUAUACCAGCUGUGAAACAGGAUUUAAAGAUGGGGACCUCUUCAUGUCUUACCGGAGUAUGUUCCAGGACGUAAGAGAUGCGGUUGACUGGGUUCAUUACAAGGGUUCCCUUAAGGAAAAGACAGUUGAAAAUCUUGAGAAGUAUGUAGUCAAAGAUGGAAAACUGCCUUUGCUUCUAAGCCGGAUGAAUGAAGUAGGGAAAGUAUUUCUUGCCACCAACAGUGACUAUAAAUACACAGAUAAAAUUAUGACUUACCUGUUUGAUUUCCCACAUGGCCCCAAGCCUGGGAGCUCCCACCGACCAUGGCAGUCCUACUUUGACCUGAUCUUGGUGGACGCACGGAAACCACUCUUUUUUGGAGAAGGCACAGUACUGCGUCAGGUGGAUACUAAAACUGGCAAGCUGAAGAUUGGUACCUACACAGGCCCCUUACAGCAUGGCAUUGUCUACUCUGGGGGUUCAUCUGAUACGAUCUGUGAUCUGUUGGGAGCCAAGGGCAAAGACAUUUUAUAUAUUGGAGAUCACAUUUUUGGGGACAUUUUAAAAUCAAAGAAACGACAAGGGUGGCGAACUUUUUUGGUGAUUCCUGAACUUGCACAGGAGCUGCAUGUCUGGACUGAUAAGAGUUCACUUUUCGAAGAGCUUCAGAGCUUGGAUAUUUUCUUGGCUGAACUCUACAAGCACCUUGACAGCAGCAGCAAUGAGCGCCCAGACAUUAGCUCCAUCCAGAGACGUAUUAAGAAAGUAACUCAUGACAUGGACAUGUGCUACGGGAUGAUGGGAAGCCUGUUUCGCAGUGGCUCCCGGCAGACCCUCUUUGCCAGUCAGGUGAUGCGCUAUGCUGAUCUCUAUGCAGCAUCUUUCAUUAAUCUGCUGUAUUACCCGUUCAGCUACCUCUUCAGAGCUGCCCAUGUCUUGAUGCCUCAUGAGUCAACAGUGGAACACACACAUGUAGAUAUCAAUGAGAUGGAGUCCCCCCUUGCAACCCGGAACCGUACAUCAGUGGAUUUCAAAGAUACCGACUACAAACGGCACCAGUUGACACGGUCGAUUAGUGAGAUUAAGCCCCCCAACCUCUUCCCACUGGCCCCCCAGGAAAUUACACACUGCCAUGAUGAAGAUGAUGAUGAAGAGGAAGAAGAGGAAGAGGAAGAAUGAGGAGGGAAAUCAAAACUCUGAGCACCCAUUAAACAAGUUCUGGCAGGACUCACAGGAGCAAAGGAUGUCCCUGUGGGGGUCCUAGUGGGGGGUGGGGGGCUCCAUCAAAGGUACAUCCGGAAAGUUUCUGAAGACUUUAAAAUACUCUAAUCGUAGGGAGAUACUUGUUUUAGUUUUGUGUGUCUGCACUCUUUGCAGAUGGUUCAGAAUUGUAAUGGAGUCUGUACUGGAGGAAAGUAAGGGUAAAGCUGGGCUGAACUGCAUGCAGCUGGCUCCAUCGUGGCUUGUGACACUGUUUCCUUGUCUUGUUUCAUCAUCAGUAUGUCAUAGUGUAUCCAGAUACACUAAGGGUGGUGAAGGGUCUCAGAGUGGAGCAAGGAAGACAAUGGAAAGAGGUGAUCCAAAAAUGUUGUUAUGGUACAAAUUGUGCUCUUAUUCCAAAAUCCAUCUUUUUCAGUGCAUUGCAUAAGUAUUGUAUAUCAGUGGAGAAAUAUAUUAUUUCCAUUAUCAAA